CAGCUUUCAUUUUUUUUUAACUGCCCAAUCAAGUAGCAGCAAUAACCGCCAGCCCCCUACUAUAAAAAUAACCCCUACCAUCCUAAAAUUGGAAAAAAAAAAAAAAAAAAGACAAUUUCAAGUACUCAAUUAUUCAUUUCUGGUAGAUUCCUAGGUUUCUAUUGAGUUGGGUUUUGAGAUUUUGAUGUGGAUUGUUGUUGGCGCUGGUGGUUAUGAUGAUGGGUGUUGUUUGAUAAUUUUGCGGGAAAAAGCAUGGUGACUGUUAAUAAUUUGAUCAGUACUUGGAUCGGUGACCUUCUCUCUUGCAUGGGUGGUUGUUUUGGAUGCUGCACUAAACCUACACCAAUUAUUACUGUUGAUGAGCCAGCAAAACGAUUGAGAAUUCAAGGGCGUAUAGUAAGGCAGCCUAUCAUUUCAGAUGAUUUUUGGAGCACCAGCACAUAUGAUUUGGAAAACAGUGCUGUUCAAUCUCAAAGAAGCUUGUCUUCAAUCAGCGCAUCGAACCCAACUCUAAGUCAAUGCAGUAGCACCGGUGGCGUAGCCAACCCAUCUGAUUUUGUAAAUCAGGGUCUUAUCGUCUGGAAUCAGACCAGACUCCAAUGGAUUGGAAGUAGUGGGCCUAGGAAUCAUACUCAACAAAGUCGACAGCCUAGAAUAAGGUGUGUCACUCAUUAUUUUGACAUUCUGUGUUUCAACACGAUAGCAGUCAUCCUAAAGUAUGGAAUGCUAGAGAGAGGCUUGACAACUUAUAUAGGACAUGAAAGCUUCUUUCUGAAUACAUUGCCUCAUUCUGUUCCAGAUUGUACUCUAAUAAAAAAUAGAGCUGUAUUGCAAAAGCUUUUUGUUGUGACGAAUUCAGUGAUAAGUGAUGGGUAUAUAAUUCUGAGUAGUGAAGACUUGUGCUAUGAACACAUAAGUUGGAAUGCAACUUAUGAAAGUUUACUUGGGACCAGGAACCCAUUCCCCCGGCCAAUUCCUCUUUCAGAAAUGAUUGAUUUUCUGGUGGAAGUAUGGGAGCAGGAGGGAUUGUAUGAUUGAAGUUAAUAUCAGAGAAACAAAAACAUUCCAGGUUUUUUCUACAUAUUAACAAUUGUUCAUCUUUGUAAUUUUGAACAUUAAGGAGAAGUAUACAGCUGUGGGGAAAGGAAGAAACAAAAUGAUCAAAAUACAGUUUCUAUUUCAUUUGUAUAAUUUCACAAUCCGUGGUCGGUCCACCCAAUUCUGUUCUCUGUAUUUCUUUUACCUCCACUGUUUUUCAUUUUCUUCUUUUUUUGCUAUGUUAAACCUUUGUUGAACUUCCAUUACGAUUUGAAGUGAACAUAGAAGCUCGUACUUGGAAGGAUUCCUACUGUUAACUUAGAGCAGAAAGGCAGGUUCCAUAUCAAAUAGGAACAUAGACAAUGGUGUCAUCCUCAGGCCUUGCAAGACCUUUCCUCUGGAAUUGGCACAUUCAUGUAACCUAACAAGGUCCAAAGAGAGGAUACGGGUUCAUGGCAUCUGGUGAAAAUUCUUUGAACGGACUGUGAAAAUCACAAUCAACUAAAACUUCUAGAAGACAAACUAUGAAGAUAAUCGAAAAUUACAUCUCAUUUUGCAUCAGUCUAGUUUCCAAAAUUUUUGUUUGAAAUAUUUAUAAUUUUUACUU